AUGACUAUGGAUAAGACAGAAGCGGCCUUGUUUUGCCUCAUAUGUGCCUGUCAUGGAGCCGUCAAACCCUGAAUGCUGGCGGACCAUCCCCGAAAGCUUGAUUUCAGUGGACAUUUUCUCUGGAUUGACCCAAAGCUUGAAAUGGCGGGCGUCUCAGACUACCAGCGACAAUAUAAUGUGAAAGACGAGACUGACGGAGGAGAGAUGCAGUCUGAUGAGGGUACGGAGUGGCUUGUGGAGCUGCUGACUGAUGUGCAGCUCCAGCAGUACUUCCUGCGUAUCCGUGACGACCUCAAUGUCACACGCCUCUCACACUUCGACUAUGUUAAAAAUGAAGACCUUGAAAAGAUCGGCAUGGGCUGUCCGGGUCAAAGGCGGCUGUGGGAGGCAGUGAAAAGGAGAAGGGCCAUGUGUAAACGCAAGUCAUGGAUGAGCAAGUCGUUGUGCUUGGGCCAGCAGGUGUUUACUGGGAAGCGGCCUGACUCAGAUUCCCAAACCCCAAUGGUGUUCCGCAGUUCAUCCCCCUCGUCAAGUCAGCCCGACGGCCAGCCAGCGGAUCUCACUUGCCUUAUCAGCGACAGAGACCUCACCCUGUUCGAGAAACUGGGAGACGGCUCCUUUGGAGUGGUGAAACGUGGAGAAUGGCAUGCUCCCUCAGAAAGAGUGCUGAAUGUGGCCGUGAAGUGCCUGAAGACAGAUCUGCUGGAGCAGGGUGUAGGUCUGGAUGACUUCAUAAGAGAAGUAAACGCCAUGCACUCCCUGGACCACCAGAAUCUCAUUCGUCUGUAUGGUGUGGUCCUCACACACCCCAUGAAGAUGGUGACUGAGCUUGCCCCAUUGGGUGCUCUGUUGGAUCGCCUGAGGAAGCGGCAGGGCCAUAUACUGAUAUCAGUGCUGUGCCACUAUGCUGUUCAGAUCGCCUGUGGUAUGGUGUACCUCGAGUCUCGACGAUUCAUCCACAGGGACCUGGCAGCACGCAACAUCCUUUUAGCCUCCAAUGAUCUUAUAAAGAUCGGUGACUUCGGCCUUAUGAGGGCCCUGCCUAAGAACGAUGAUCAUUACGUAAUGCAGGAGCACCACAAAGUCCCUUUUGCCUGGUGCGCUCCAGAAAGCUUGAAGACCCGUACCUUCUCUCAUGCCAGUGAUACUUGGAUGUUUGGAGUAACAUUGUGGGAAAUGUUCACUCAUGGGCAGGAACCAUGGGUUGGGCUCAAUGGUAGCCAGAUUCUCCACAAGAUCGAUAGGGAGGGAGAGAGGCUUAUCAAACCAGAGGACUGUCCUCAGGACAUUUAUAAUGUCAUGCUGCAGUGCUGGUCACCCAAACCUGAGGACAGACCAACAUUUGUGUCCCUCAGGGACUUUCUAGUGGAGACGUUGCCCACGGACAUGAGGGCACUGCAGGACUUUGAUGAGCCAGACAAACUUAAAAUUCAAACCAACGACAUCAUCACCAUCAUCGAGGGCAGAGCAGAGAACUACUGGUGGAGGGGUCAGAACAGACAGACUCUGAAGGUGGGACAGUUCCCCAGGAAUGUGGUGACCUCUGUGGCUGGCUUGUCUGCUCACGACAUCAGCCGACCCCUCAAACACAGUUUCAUCCACACAGGCCACGGGGACACAGACCCACACCGUAGCUGGGGUGCCCCUGAUAAGAUCGAUGAUCUGUAUCUCGGCAAUCCCAUGGAUCCCCCAGAUGUUCUUGGGCUGGACUCGACUGCAGCCAAGCCUACUAAAUUACCAAACCGGGUGAAAAAACAACCUCCUCCUAGGCCUCCUAAGCCAGCAGUUCUUAUUAAGAAACCAUUCUACGACUCUGUGCUUGAUGAUGAUGAUGAUCUGAUAGUCACAGGUGUGAAGAAGCUCUCUCUUAAGACCCCUACCUACCUGAGUUUGCGCCUCCGCCCUUGGGAAAGCACCAGCCCGAGCGACCACCUUAGCGAAGUCUCCCUCAUUGAUUUUGGAGACGACAGUUUCAGCUCUCCGUCACCGUCCCCCAUUACAGAGACGCCCAACACCAGCAUGCCGAAACUGCCCUUGUCCUCCGCUGCAUCCCUCUUGGACAUGGUGCCACCGCAGAGCCCCAACCGUGCUCUGCCCAACCCCAUGCACCCCACACCAGUGCUGGAUUGGGACAUGCGGCCCCUGCCUCCACUCCCAGCAUACGACGAGGUGGCUUUUGAGUGUGUGGAGCAGGAGGACAUAGAGGUGAGCUCCAUAAAUGCAUCUGUGGUGCAGGAAGACACUGCAUCUAAACAAGCACAGAUAUCAGAAGAACAAACCGAUGGUAAGCAAAGCAUGGAGGACAACCUCUUUUUACCAUUCAACCACACCGAGGUGAGCCAUUCGUUUUCACAAUCUGCAGACAUCUUCAAGGAGCUACAGAGGGAAGUGAUGGUGAAGCUUCGGGUCCCUCCAGCGGGACGUUCUCUCCCCACUUCCCCCACUCCUUCAGCCCUUACCCCACACCGUCAGAUCAUCCUGCCCUCUUCUUACGAGGACAAGCCUCAGAUACCCCCCAGAAUACCCAUUCCGCCCAUGCGGCCCUCAAGGCGUGUGGGAAUGUACGGCAGCACACUGUCGGUCUCCCUUGGAGACCAUGAAGAUGUGAGCCGUUGUCCACCUCAGAUACCCCCAAGGGAUCACGCGCUAUCUCAACCCUGCUCCAGAGCCCUGAGCCCCAUGGUACCGCAGGGAGGCUCCCCUCAACAAAGAUCUAGUCUCUGCUGCGUCGGGUCAUUGGGCUCCUGCCUCUCACCAUCAGCAUAUUCUUCUGCUGCAUCCAGCUUCUCCACCACCUCCUCCACAUCCACGUCCACCACCCCCAGUUUGACCAGUUGUUCUCAGUAUGCCGCUACUGAAGUGGAGCAAACCCGAGCCAAGAGCCCCUGCAGCUUGCCUAUCGUGUGUGGUGGUGUGAAGGCCAGCAGUACUCAUUAUUACCUGCUACCAGAGAAACCAGCAUGCCUAGACAGGUAUGACAGGUUCUUGAAGGACCAGGAAGGAAAUAAUGAGAAAAGAACUACAAAUAUGGCCACUGUGAGGCCCAUGGUUCAACAACAAGUCAACAAGUCCAGUGUCCCCGGGCACACCAGUAACAGUGGGAGCAGUCUAGCUUGGCCGAACAGCACCUCGCUGGCUGGGAAAACUGUGCAAUCCAGUGCCUACAACCAAGCCACUAUGCAACAAGUGCAGGAGGCCGUACAUGGAGUGACUGUAGAUGAGUGUCAAACAGCUCUUCAGACUCAUAGCUGGAAUGUUCAGGAGGCUGUAAAAUACCUGAAGGUGGAGCAGUUGUUCCGACUGGGUCUCAAGGCUCGGCCCGAAUGUGUUGAAGUUCUAGAGAGAUGUGGCUGGAAUCUGGAGCAGGCCAGUACUCAAAUGCUGGACUCCUGUGGUCCAUCUAGACAUAGGUAA